AUGCUGAUGAAGGAUCCUGACGUAGAGUUCGCGGGAUACACAGUGCCGCACCCGUCGGAGCCGCAGAUGAACGUGCGAGUUCAAGUUCAUCCUGGGACGACCACCGAUGCUGCGGUAGAGAAGGCCUUGGACAACAUCUCCGCGGCGUGCGACCACGCCCAACGCUUAAAGUCGGCCAGGAGGGCCUUCGGAUGUUUGGGAAGGGUUCGGGUUUGGCUCAGAAGUUCUUUUUAG